ACACGACAAUACCAUUUCUUAUUAUUGUUUGAAUGCUUUUGCAGUUAAAUAUGUUUCGAUUGAAAAAAGAUAUAUGUUUUCAAAGAGGUUGGCUUCGAAGGUUCCUCAUUAUUAAACUUAUCGUAGUCUGCUUUUUAUUUUCUUACGCAUUUAAAAAGCCUAAUACAAGUAAAAGCUUGUUCAAAGUGUUCCGAGACUGUGUGCAUCCAAGACUUUUGCCUCUGAAAGAUAAGUAUACUGAGUUUUACUUUUCCUUCACCAAUAUAGUCAGAGAAUGCGACAUCCUACAAGAAUACCAAUCUCUUGAUGUUCGAACAACGCCCAAUCGAGACGAAGUUAAAUAUGUCGUACUUCCAAGAAAGAACGAAACACUGACAAUGGUCACUUUGGGAAUAGGUCAGGAUAUUAAAGCAGAAAUCAAACUAAAUGAGUUAUACCCCAACAUUGAAUUCUACGGAUCAGAUCCUUCAAGUAUUGUGAAUAAAGAUCUUUACGAAAAUAAACUUGGAGGGAAAUUUUAUAAAUACGCGAUCAGUGGUGAGAGAGGAAUGAAAAACUCGCGAGUUUUUCAAGAAACUCGACGAUAUAAGGAAGAAAUCACCGAGCACGUUGGAGCUGAAUACUUUUUAAAGUAUUUUGUGAAGAGAAGUCGAAUUGAUAUUUUUUGGAUUGACGUCGAAGGCAACGAAUUUUCAUUCCUUGAUCAAGUUCAUAAUGGCGGAACAAUUGACAAGGAAGGAAUUAAAAUUUGUCAAAUGAACGUGGAAAUUCACAAUGCUCUGUUGGAAACCGGUGAAAAGGAGAAGGAAAAAUUCCAUGAUUUCAUUUUCAAAGUUCUAGAAGACGAAAAGUACAUUUUCAUGAAACCAAAUUUUAUUGAUGUGGAAAAAUAUCGAUUUAUUCGGUUAUUCCUUGUUAAUGUUGGUGACGAAGAAUGUGUCAAAUUAUAUGUUAAAGAGUAAAUUGUUGUGUUUUGAGAGUAUAUAAUCUAUCUGACGAAUUGUAAAGUUCCAAUUUCACAUACGAUGUUAAAUAAGCAUAUGGUUUAAAACUGUACUUUGUACCCACUGAAGCGUGCCUACCGUUUUUUUUUUGUAUUUUGACAUUACAUUAUUAUAUCUGUUCAGAUAAUUGUUUCAAAUUAAAAUUUGCUUGAUAAAUAGUUAUGAUA